GCGAAUGCGAGGCUGGGGCCGGUUGCCGACUGGCCCAUUCUCACCGAGGCAGUCCAGGCUUUUCCCCUGGCGGUGGCCGCUCCAAGACAGCAUCUGUCAACGCUCCUCUUCUCCCCUCCUCCUCCUGCCGGGCCGGGCUCCGCCGGCUGCGGCCGAGAGGACGCGGGACCCGGCGCGGUGAGCCCAUCAGCUGUCAGGCGAGCGGCGAAGCAGCCGGAGGGCGGCGAGAGACACACAAAGAACGCGGUGGGCGGCGGCGGCGAAAGGGGACGGCAACUCCUCCCCGCGCCCGCCGGUGCCACCUCCGGCCGGGCUUGUUCCGAGGCCGCGCAGACAAUGCGGCCAGGCUCAGCCCCGCGCGCCCCAGAGUGCGGGGCGCCCGCACUCUCCCGACCCCAACUUGACAGUCUCCCGGCUUGCCCAGCCCCCUCCCGGAGUAGGGGCGCCCCCUCGCUCCGGUGGCCGGCGAAGGAAGUCGGUCCGCGGCCGCAGAGCCCAGCAACUUGCGAGCCGGGAAAAGUUUGCGGCGCCUCCGCGGGGCGGCGCGACGCGGCCCGCCCCUCGCGUCCGCGGUCACCGCGGGUGACUUUCUCGACUCGUCGUCAGCCGGGGCCGCAGCGCGGCCGGCGGGGACUGCGGGGAGGGCCGGAGUCCGUCCCAGGGCUCCCGCACCUCGGGCUGAGGCACCAGACAUGUUGGCAUCAUCUCUUAGUUGGGCCCUGUGGCCAGGGAACCCCUCAUGAAACCACCUCUGCAGUCCUGGUGAGUUGCCGUAGAAGAAGGAAAAGAGAGAAAGACAACGCAACGCAGGAGGAGAUAAGUACCUCUGGACACAAUGGAAGUAGUAGUUGUUGAGCAGAGGGAAAGGGAUAGGAGAAGGAUGUGGACUGCAGUGCUGCAGUGCCAGAGCCCCAGCAGCUACUAUUCAUAAGUGUCUGGAAUAUGUUCCUGGCAUUUCACCUACACUCUCUCCAAUCCUUCCAAGAAACUCACAAAGCAGGUAUUAUUACCAACAAGAGACCAGACACCCUGAGAAUUUACACUCCUUCCCCAAGACCACACAGUCAAUUAUAAUUGAUGAUGUUGCCACUUGUACCAAAGUCCAUCUGGCUUCAAAGCCUGCUGUCUCCCCAUUCAACAAAAUGUCUCUCUGCCCUUACUUUUUUUCCCUUCAGGGCUUUUUCUUGAACUUCUCUUCCUCACAAUAGUUAAAUCAUCCAUUUAAAGAUGUCAGACAACCUCCGUGUUCUAAGGAUUGAACACAGUUCCAGCAGCAGAAAAGGAGCAGUAAAGCCGGCAGGCUGCGCCCUCUGUGGCUUUUGGCAGCUGCAGCACAGUGACAAUCAGAGGAAUCAAAAGAAGGAGGAAGAAUAGAAUGAUUUGGAGGAACAGAAGGAGAAAGUAGAGGAGUUGAAAAAAAGGAAGAAAAAGAAAAAUGCAGAAUCCUUUGUCAAUCCAACAGAACACAGCAAAAAAGCAAAGAAAGUGAAAGCAUAGAUUUGCUUGUAAGUAGAUAAUGCAUCAUGAGCAUCUUCUCUAUUGAUGAAAAUCUUUCGGUGUUGGGAUCUAUUUAUAACUGCAUCAUCACAAACAUUUUCAGAGAGAAAAGACAGCAACAGUGAAGUCAUGCAAGGAGCAUCAACUUCAAAAGUCUGAUGAAAACUGACUUUGAACUUAAACAUCUUUACCCAGCCAAAUCAUUCAUCAAGUAUGAUUAGAGAAUAAAAGUAUUUUCCAAUCUCUAAAGACUCAGAAAAUGUAUCUCCCCCGCAUCGUUUAUUAUGAGGUUACUUAUGGGUCAGAAAGAAACAUUGAAAAAAGUAAUUAAAAAGGGGGAAGGCACGGGAUGUAGGAAACAGCAAGUCUAACCUGGGACAAGAAGAAAGGGAAGAUCCAAGCUGACUGCUGUGCAGCAAAAUCAUUCCUAAAGUAGGGUCUGAAAAUAAGUGUACAUUUUAAAAAAGGUGUAUGCCGGGGCAGAGUGGUAUUUCAUAAACUUGAUAGUAUCCUUAAAAUGGCUAUCAUAAACCUAAAGAUUGGCUAAAGAAAAAAAAAAAAAGACAAGUAGAAAUUUGAGGGAAAGGGGCACUGUACACAAAAACUAUGUUAUGUAAUCACUGUUUGGCUCAGCAAUGAAACACAUUCACAUAGUUGUGAUAAUGUAAGCAAUGCCUGCUGAUUUUUCAAAUUCUAACGUCUAAACAGAGUCAAAACAUAGACAAUCAAACUGUAGUUAUAUGAUAAAAGGUAAUUUUUUUCAGGCUCACUAAUACAAAAGUGAAAACAAAUCUUGCAAAGGUAAGGAAGAGAAAGUGGGGAGAGAUUGAGGGCCUUCUUCACCUUACAAGGUAUGGGGUCAAGAUAGGUUGUGUCUAACUAACAGAACAAGAAAUCAGGGGAAAACAUAUAGUCUUGGAGGUAUGAAAGUAACCAAAAGAGGAAUUAAAAGUAGUAAAACUUGCUGUGGGAAGAGGAAGAGAGGGGAGUCAGAGGAAGUAUAAGUGAGCUAAAACCUCAUUUACCAUGGCAGGAAGUUGGUAGAUAAUGUUUAAAGUAGA